AUGUAAACAGCACCUCCAUUCUCACAUAAUCAUACAAAUCCAUUAUUAAUGAAAGAUGACGUAGGCAAGUCAAAACCCUCCACUUAUAAUCUUCCUAAUCAAGAUUUUGUUUAUGGAUAGCCUUUAGCAAGAGAUAAAGAAGGAGCAAAAGAAGGUAAUUAAAUAUUCUCACUCAGUGACCAUGACAUGGAAAUUCCAUUAAGAAUCUCAAGACAGAGUACCUAAUAGAGAUUUUGCUGAAUUAAACAAAUAAUCCAUUCAUAAUGGAUCUGUCAAAGCACAUGUAACUGUACAAUCUAUUUAGGAUAUGUAUAAAUUUAGAUAGACUAAUGAUGCAAGAUUGAAACUUAAAAAAGGUACUAACAUACAAGCCAUAGAAUUACCAGAAGAAGAAUUUAGAUAUGGUCGUAAAAAUAGGUUUAUUUCAAUUUAUUAAAGUUAGACCCUCAACACCUAUGAAAUUGGUUAUGGGUAAUUCUUAUGGAAUUGAAGCUGAAUCCUAAAUUUUAGAAAAAUAUUAAGGUAGAGCAAGCUCAUAAGUAUCAUAUAAAAAAUAUAUAAAGGAUUCUAAACUUUCUUCAUCAUUGGUAAAAGGUAAUAAAGCUUCUUAAUUGUUUUAUGAUACCAAUCAUAAAAAAUUAGCAGCAAUCUAAGGAGUUGAGAAAAAAGAACCUUUUAAAAUGGAAAAAUUUAAAACAGUAAAUCCAAAAAUCAAUACCAAUUUAUCAACUAAAAAAUGA